AUUUCCUACGCACAAUCUCCUCUAUUGCAAUCCUCAAACCCGACGCCUUAACCGUGUGGACUUUGGAUUGAAGUUUGAUUUCGCGCAGUGUUUUGUUUUGAGUUGUUUUGAUCAGCAUACAAUUUAUCUCAUCGCCACUGAAGGAGCCGCAAAAAAAGGUCCACGACUACUGUCGCUUUAACUUGCCGUUCUACGGUAAUCUGAAUGGAAAUCGCGAUUUUAAUCCAGGCUUGAAAUGAGCAGUCAAAACGGCGGUAUGGCUGUCAAUCAGUAUUCCAAUGGCGGCAUGGCGCGUCCACAGGAGAUAGAACUUACGGCACGCUUUUCGAAACAGAUGGCACAGCUUUGCAUGUCCCCGGAUUACUCCGAUGUGACGUUCAUCGUAGAGGGCCAACGUAUCCCGGCGCAUCGUGUUAUACUUGCGGCCAGAAGCGAAUACUUUCGUGCGCUACUGUACGGCGGUAUGCAGGAAACCAAGCAGAACGAAAUCACCCUUCACAUCCCGCUGAUGGCGUUCAAAUCGUUGCUAAAGUACAUUUACUCCGGCAGCAUGUCACUGGUCCAUAUGAAGGAGGAACAUCUGCUGGAUACGCUCGGGCUUGCCAACCAGUACGGGUUUGCCGAUUUGGAGAUGGCCAUUUCGGACUAUUUGCGUCAAGUGCUUUCCCUCAGCAAUGUGUGCGCCGUUUUGGACGCUGCGCGGCUUUUUGCACUGGACGGUUUGACCACCGUUUGUCAUUCGUUUAUGGAUCGGAAUGCGUCGGACAUUUUGCAGCACGAGUCAUUUCGCAACCUGUCGCACGACUCGCUGAGUAGCCUACUGUUGCGGGAUUCUUUUUUUGCACGCGAAGUGGAAAUAUUCCAGGCCGUGCACGAUUGGUGUCGAUCGAACGCGGACAGCGGACAAAAUGUGGAUGUCAUCGUGGAAAAGGUCCGUUUUGCACUGAUGUCUCUGGAGGAACUGUUGACUGUGGUUCGUCCGUCGGGUAUUCUUGAUCCGGAACGUCUGUUGGAUGCAAUAGCGGAAAAGAUUUCCUCCAAGCAGCUUCCCUAUCGUGGUGCACUGUGGCCGGAAGAAAACGUUGCUACACCGAAGUUCAAUUCGCGAACGAUUCAUGGUGAGAUUCGGUCCGCACUGCUGGACGGUGACACCGUGUCGUACGAUAUGGAGAAAGGCUACACACGACACUCGAUCGGUGAAACGGGCGAUGGCAAUGGGAUCAUUGUCGAACUGGGCAAACUGUUUAUCAUUAACCAUAUCAAGGUGUUGCUUUGGGACCGAGACACCCGCUCGUACAGCUACUACAUCGAGGUUUCGGUCAACCAACGUAGCUGGGAGCGGAUCGUGGACCACACGAAGUAUCCAUGCCGUUCCUGGCAGUUCCUAUACUUUCCCGCCCAUGCCGUCCGGUACAUUCGGCUCGUCGGUACGCACAACACGAUGAACAACGUUUUCCACGUUGUCGCACUGGAGGCUAUGUACACCGAAACGACGACACCGGUCGUGGACGGGAUUCUCCAACCGACGUACAAUGUGGCUACGGUCGAACGGAGUGCCACCGUCGUGGAAGGUGUCAGCCGGACGCGGAAUGUGCUACUGAACGGGGAGGUGAAAAAUUACGACUGGGAUUCGGGCUACACUUGCCAUCAGAUCGGCGAGGGUGUAAUACUGAUACAGCUCGGUCAGCCAUACUGGAUCGAUUCGAUGCGUUUGCUGCUGUGGGACUGCGACAGUCGAUCGUACAGCUUCUACAUCGAGGUGUCCAUCGACAUGAAGGACUGGGAGGUGGUGGUGGACAAGCAAACGGAGCAUCUGAAAUCCUGGCAGCACUUUACCUUCCUCCCGAAGGUGGUCGUCUACAUACGUAUCGUUGGUACGCACAACACCGCGAACGAAAUGUUUCACUGCGUACACUUCGAGUGUCCGUCGCAAGAUCCGGACUUUUUAAAAUGCGAACGAAAUGUUUCCACGCCAAGUAUUGAACUGUCAGCGGCCAGCACGAAUGAGCCCGAUCCACAGGACAACACAAAUGAUUAAUGGACAAGGCUAUUUUGUACUUAGCUGACUCAUGUCGCCAACCUGUUUGAAUCUCUUCCACCCACAAAGGAAAGCAAUGAUCGCAACAAACAAACCUCCGUACUGAUUAUGCUUACCAGCAACUAAAUUUUAAUUAAGAAAACCUAAAUGCAGUGUAAAUCUGUGAUCUAUCCUGACGCUCACAGUCUAAUACUCGUGGUGGGGAUCGUGUGCGUGUUUAUUUUACUAUGACAUUGGAUAUUAAACUUUUUAUUGAAUAGAGAAGAAAAUCGUGAACAAA